UUUUUAUUACGGUUUGACGUUGAUUCCAGCCUAAACAGGUUCAAGGUGACCUUAUCGAUCUCGUCAGCCCAGCAUGUGUUUCCGAGCAAAGCACAAAGUUAAUUAUAUUACUGGAAUCGUCGUAUCAUGUAGUGAAACCGCUUUCCCAUAGUCUGAAUAUGCAGUUGAAUAAGUCAGUGGAUCGUGACCAUUAUCAAUCGCACAAACUGAAGAUGCUGAGCACAAAAGAGCGAAAUUUGUUGGUCAACUGGGUGGGAUCGACUGGAUUCCUGGUGCUCGCCGCCAUUUCGAGCGUCGCUGCUCUGGUCGCGGCACUAGCCAGUGAUUUUCUCUGCACAUUGGCGCUGACUUGCAGUGCCGUGUACCGUAUUGUGUACGGCGAUUCCCCAGCCAGUGGAUAUAUGUCCGCUUCCCUCCUGAUUUCCGUGUUGUACUUCCUUGGUCCACUGAACGGAUUCUUCAGUCGCCACUGCAGCAAGCACACAACCACCGCGAACGUAACCGUCGCCCGCUGCAUGUUCGGACUUUUGGCCAGUUUUUGCGGAAUGCUUAUUUUGCGGACAAUGGAAUACGCAUUUGGCGACCCUAAGGGGUCCUUGUAUGACGGCACACUAAUUCUGGAAGCUGGUAUGAAACUACCGGCUAACAUCACGGGAUCUGCGGUACGUUUCAAUGAAUCUGCGGACAGUUCUCAGAUUGCCUAUUCGGCUCAUGAUCAAGCUCUGCUGCGAGAGAAUCUCAUCACGAUGAGAAAGCUGGCCGAGUCCAUGCCGCCUCGUCUGCAUCAGUUGGUUCUUUUUCUGUAUAUGUUGGUCGCGUCCAUUUUCCUGGUCGAAUCCAUCUUUGCUAGUAUGUUUUGGAAACGCCUGGCGCCAUAUGGUAAAGAGACAGCGGUUGUCGAGGAUAAGGCGGCCCUGAAUGCGUUUGAAACCGGCGGCGAGAAGAGCGAGACCGCUACCGUAAAGGUCAUAGACACGCGCAGCGGUUCGUGCUGGGAGUAUUUCUCUUGGACGCAUUUGCCGCCAGCCGGGGGACAGUGUGUGGAAUGCAACAUGGGCCGUAUGGGCAUUGUGCUGAGCUAUCUGUUUAAAGCAACGGUGGCAUGCCAUUUGCUGGUGGAUAUUUAUCAUCUGGUGAAAAUGUUUUGACCAGGAGCGGAUGCGCAGAGUGCAUCAGAUCGCAUGCGAUGCUUGCUGGAAAUGGUGCUUUCUGCUUUAGCGCUACCCGUAUGCUUCCGUUAUAGUUCUGUGCUUCCUUAACUUGUGUACCUGUCGAAGUUGUGUUCUUUUGCAGCAUUAAGAUUAAUUAAUUGUUGACUUCUUAAACGCAGCUUCGCUAAUUACCUAGUUCAAUAACGCCGAGCUUUUAGUACAGACGGGUAAGCCUGUUUUAGCACAGGAUAACUGCUUCGGCAUCGGAGCAACCACAGCUCGUGGAUGGCCGCGUUCUGCAUCACUGAGCACACAAUGCCACACAUCGUGCUGCAUACAGACACUUGUCGAUCGGAUGCUUCAGACUCGACUAUAUCGAAUCCUUAUCACACUAGCUUCGUUUUGAUGCCCUUUUCAUGAUGACUGGAUUCUGCUGGUGGUGCUCUGCUGGGACAUAUUUGUAUUGCAUCUGAUGUUUGACCUUUCAAAAUCGAAAAUUUAUUAGGAUAUUGGGUAUAGU